CCGUCAUAAGAAAAAAAUUUCCGUGAUUCAGCGCUCGCCCGUGGCACUAAAAAUACGUGGCAUUGGAGUCAAGCCAUGUAACAACACCGCGGCGAAACCAUCAGUUCGCAACAUGGACAAGGAGGAGAUAGAACGUUUGCUGAAUACCCCUUCGGAUAUGCGAUCUUGCAAACACGUUGGUCUGUCGGACAAAGUGGCGUUGUUCAACAAAAAGGCAGACCAGCACGUGGACACACAGACCAAGAACCCGUUCAGCGCUGCUGAGGGAGUGACUAUCGAUAAGCCGAAACUUGACAAGAAUGACCCAAACUACGGCAGACCUGUAGCUGGUUCAAAGACGGACAUUCGAGGCAAGAGGGCAUACACACACAUCAGCAAAGAGGUCCUACAGCUGUGUCAGAUUAUCUAUGAGAAUGGCGUACCAAUUGAAGAGAUUACAGAGGAUGGGCAUAACCAGAUUGUAAUCACUUUUGGAGAACUGUUUCAGAUCUACACCAGUAUUUCAAAUAAGGUUGUUGGAGUGCUUCUCCGUGCAAGAAAACACAAGUUUCUUGAUUUUGAAGGUGAAACAUUAUUUCAGAGAAGAGAUGAUGAUGUUCCUAUCAUACUACGCAAGUCGCUUCCAGAAAUUGGAGCAAUAUUCCAGGAUCAGAUGGAGAAAGUUGCACAGGGAUGCCUUUCCGAUAACUGACUGCCUGUUCUGGAAAUCACACGUAGGAAUCAACAACAAAAACGUGAUGUACAUUGUUUCACACACAGCUUUUAGAUCCUGACAAUACGAUGUAGUGGAAUGAAGUCUUGAAGACUGGGAAAGUAUAAUCCAUAAAAAAA